GGAAUGAAGUUCCCGAAGAAGAGGAGCGAGCGGCCUUGUUACAUAUAGCACGAGAAUAUAUUAAGCAAAAUAAAGUUGGCAUAGUCACGCGAAAGAAACUAAAACAACUGGUGACGAGUCUCCAAGUUGCGAAAACGCAAGAAAAUAAUUCGGAAAAUGACGAAGACAGCUUCGAUAUUGAUUAUGAUAAGUUCUUUACUGUGAUUAGUUCUUUUGACAUGCCGCGGAUAGAAUAUGAACCAUCUAUCAAGAAUUUUAAGAGCGUUGAGAAACCCCCACAAUUUAUUGGCGAUGAGACCAGCCGCUCUACUCUCUUCAAAGGACGUUACAAUCUCCUAGUUCAAAGAUUAUUGAGAAACGAGUUAUUUUCACCAGUUCGCUUCGAUAAUACGGAUUCUGCAAAAUUUCAUCUAACAAGCAUUAAAGAUCUACGUGGUAGAACGCAAAAGGAAUUCCUUUUAUUUGGAAUGUUAACAAAAACAAACGAAGGAAAAUACUACUUGGAAGAUGCAGAUGAUAGAAUCGAGCUGGAUUUCUCGGAAAUAAGUGCACCAUCUAGUAUAUGUACAUCAUACUGUUUUCAAUUAGUAAAUGGGACAUACAAUGAAGAAACAGAAAUAUUUCAUGCGUUGUAUAUCGGGAAUCCACCAGUUGAGAAAAGGUCAGAGACAAGAAAUGCUUACGGAAAUGUUGAUUUUUUGGGUAUCCAGAAACAAACCACAAAUGAGUCAUUGUUAAUGCUAUAUCAAGAGAAAUGGCAGCAUAUCAUGUUUGUCGUUGUCUCGGAUGUCUGGCUUGACGAAGAACAGACUUUAGAGAAACUUCGAAAAAUGUUUAAAGAGUAUCACAAGAACGGGAUGACCCCAUUCGCAUUUAUUUUCAUUGGAAAUUUCUCAUACGAGCCAUUUAAACUUUGUAUUGGGCGGAGUCGACGAUAUACCGAAAUGUUUAGUGCACUAGGAGAACUAAUUUCAGAAUUCGAAAAUAUCGCAAAUCAUUCACACUUCAUCUUUGUUCCUGGGCCUUGCGAUCCUUACGUGGGCGGGGCUCUGCCUUACAUGCCGAUACCCGAGCGAUAUACGUCAAGGUUUAAAGAAUAUGUUAAAAAGGCAGUGUUUACGUCAAAUCCAUGCAGAAUACAGUUUUUGACACAAGAAAUAUUGAUAUAUCGAGAAGAUGUAAUAGAUAAAUUUCAUCGCAACCUGUUAUUGAGAAACUCAAAUAAUGACCCGGAUUGUUAUUAUCAAGAGGUUAUUAAAUCAAUAAUUGAUCAAAGUCACAUAAGUCCAUUCAAACUUAGUGUUCGCCCAGUAUACUGGGAAUUCGAUCACGCGUUACGAAUAUACCCCUUACCAAAUGCAGUAAGUAAACGUGUCUUCCCUUCUUUCCUCAACGUAAGGUUCAUAAUGGCAGACCACUUUCCACAAUACGCAUUCGAUUAUACCGAAUGUCAUACGUUCAACCCGGGAAGCUUUAAUCAAGGCGCUAAGGUUCAGUGGAUGCAUUAUUAUCCCGCGCGAAACCAUUCGGAACAUUGGUAA